AUGGAGGUUCCCCAGCGAGAUCCGAAGUUCCGGCCGCCUGAGCCACCUGCUAACAAGGACUCCAAGACGUGGUUGGAAGCAACGGUGGACCCACGGAGAGUUGCAGAACCUGAACCAGCCCGGGGGUUGUCUGGAAUUAUGGGAAACAGUAAAUCUGUUUUCAUGAACAAAUUCACAGAAAUGUGUAUUAUCUCAACUCUCUUGUUCUACUUUCAAGCCUCCAAAACAUUUGAGCACCAUCUUCUCCUUAUGUUUGUUGUUAGUCUCUUAGAUCUGGGAUCAGGUCAUUUUCAAGUGAUUGGUCCAGACAAGCCUAUUCAGGCUUUGCUGGGAGAAGAUAUCCUUUUCUCUUGUCAUGUCUCACCCAAGAUGAAUUUGAAGAACAUGGAAGUGAGGUUCUUUAGAAACCAAUUCUCUUCUUUGCUGGUUCUAUACAAGGAUGGGAAAGAAACAAAGGAGAGUCAAAUGCAAGAGUAUCAAGGGAGAACUCAGUUUGUGCAAGAUGCCAUCACUGAAGGAAGAGUCUCCUUAAAACUGAAGAAUAUAAUUCUUUCAGAUGCAGGGAUAUAUGGGUGCUGGUUCAGCUCCCAAACUUUCUACCAGGAGUAUACUUGGGAGCUACAGGUAGCAGCUCUUGGAUCAUCCCCUCUCAUCACUCUUGAGAAAUACAAAAUGAAUGGCAUCUUGCUGAAAUGUCAAUCAUCUGGUUGGUUCCCCAAGCCCAAAGUACAGUGGAAAAACCAUCGAGGAAAGCAUUUGUAUUCAGACUUCAAGGCAAACACAGGGGAUGAUGGCCUAUUUGACAUAGAAACUUCUCUUGCCAUAAAAGAAUCAUCCUUAGGGGAUAUCUCAUGUUCUAUCUACACCUGGGACCUCAGAAAGGAGUCCAAAGUAAAGAUAGCUGAUCAGUUUUUCCGGCCUUCCCCUUGGAUCUAUGGUUUCGUCAUAAUGUUUGCUAUCUUUUUAAUUGUUGCUGCUUCUGGUUUUUUUCUCCACAUUCGUCAAGCGAAACUUAAGAAAAAGCUGGAACAGAGGAGAAAAAUGGAAGAAAAAGAAUGGAGAUAUGCCAGUAAACAUGCAGUUGAGGUGACUCUGGAUCAAGAAACUGCUUGCCCUCUACUCCAAAUAUCUGAAGAUUGUAAAACAGUGUCUUAUAAUGACCCUUCCAUGGUUCUUAACGUGCCUGAAAAUAAGAAGAUAUUUCAGUCUCCUUGUGUAGUGGCUUCACAAAGUUUCUACAUGGAAGACUGUUACUGGGAAGUAGAAGUUGGGGAAAAAAAUCGAUGGUUUCUUGGGGUAUGUUUGGAUAGUGUGAAGAGAGAGGAAAAAAAACCCAAACUCUCCCCUGCUAAUGGUUAUUGGGUGUUGGGGCGAUGGAACCAACAUGAACAUUUUGUAAACUCCCCUAAUAGACAGAUGUUAACUUUGCAGGUAUAUCCAAAGAAGAUAGGGAUUUUCUUGAACUAUACAUAUGGGCAAAUCUCCUUCUUCAAUGUGACUAACAAAUCCCACAUCUAUACAUUCACUGGUUGUGAUUUCAAAGGGAAAACCCUCCACCCAUACUUCAGACCUCGUUCUAAUGACAUUCAAGAACAUUCAUGCCCUUUGAUUAUCUGUACCAUGUUACCUGGGACUGUAAGAAAUGAUACAUCUCCCUCUAAUAAUGAUGGUUAG